CUCCCGGCUGACGUUAGCCGCGAGUUACGGCAUGGCCGCCAUGGCAGCUGAUGCCCCGCGUUGCAGCACUUGACGUUUAAUCGGAACAUGUCAUUUUGCAGAUUUCGUUUUCACAAAUGGCAGACACUUUUUUCGGUUUCGAUACCACGCUCGGAGAUAACAAUCAAGAAGAUGGACUGGAAUGUCCAUUGGAUGAAGACGAGCUCGAGGAAGAGGAGUACGACGCGCUGAACGAUGAGACGUUCGGUCCCGAUGCCGCUAUCGGUGAUUGGGAGGAAGAUCAUGAGAAACUUGCCGAAAUUACUGAAUCAAAUCGCCUUCAUAAUCAGAGUGCAACAAGUAAAAAGACUAUUUCUAACAUAAAUAUCGAAGAUAAUUUAUCACAUUUGGUAUUGGAUAAGGAAGGAAUAGUUCCCCGACCCGGUGUAUGGGGUAGUCCCUUGACUUUAUCACCUCCGAAGCCACGAUUGUCUUUACCAAAUGCCUGCACGGUGGAAGAGUUGGAAAGGGGGUUUAUUGCAAUAGCAAAUAUGCCGCCACCAGGUCUCAGUAAACCACAAACGCAACAACAGCAGAAGAAGUCCGAGGGUUCGCUUCUCUUUGAGGCCCUUUCUUUGAAAGAGAAGCUUCAUCAAGUCAAUGGCCUACCUCCACCACGUUUUCCACCAGGGCUGGGUCUACCUGGAGCACAUCCUAUAGUCUUGCCCAAUAUAAGACCACCACAUCCUCAGUUGAUGCAACAUCCUAGAUUAUUAGGCUUAAUUAAUCAACCUGGUAAUGUGUUACGUUAUCCUCCUCCGCAUUUAAUGUUGCCACAACCAGUUCCAAGGCAAGCUCUUCAUGGCUCCUAUGGCUUUCCUCCUCAACUACAUCCUAAUCUAGGAGGUCCGCAGUUCCUUCGGCCGGAUCACAUGAUGCCUGCAUUUCCUAACAACCAAGCCAAUCAUCAGCAACACCAACAUUCUUAUUCACACUUAGGAAAUCAGAGAAACCAGAACAGAUCUUACUACCAUAACGAACAACAAGCCGGACAUCAACCAUUUUUUAAAAAUAAUCAAUAUCCUCGCAAUCAUGACAGAAAUAAUCAACGACCUUAUCAUCAUCAACAUUACUCGCACAGCGUUAACGGUAAUGCUUCGGGAGAAUACGAACACUCAGGAAAACUUGCUAUAAAACCUCAUGAGAAGCAAUGGUUAAUUAAUAUUCAAUUAUUACAACUUAAUACAAUUCAACCGUACGUCGAUGACCAUUAUUAUGUCGUAUUCUGUGAUAAACGGAAUAGACAACAUGCAAAUCAAGAACAAAAAGAUAAGAAGCACCAUAAUAAUGGAUAUCAUAGGGAUCACAGAGAUUGGGAACCGUCACCUCAAGCCUCUUCAAGAUCAGCAUAUACGCCAGCUCAAUUUGAGAAUUCAUUAGGCAAACUUCAUUGCAGCAGUGUGACAGCACCACGUAAACUUAUUGACAUGGAUGUCGUAUCGAAUAGUGACUCUCAGUCUACUUCACAGUCUCAACAGAAGGACACUAAAAAAACACGACAAUUACUUCUUGAAAUUGAGAGACUGUAUACACUGCAAUUCAAGCUUGAAGAUCUGAGUAAUCCUCUCGCUUCAAUUCCGGAACUGCAACAACCACAGGAAGGGGAAUCGGAAACAAAUGCGACUAAAACUGAACCGGAAUUAAUAAGCAUGAUUUUAAUAUGUAUACAACAAUUAAUACAAGAUGAUAAAUUAGCUAGUAUGCUAAGUAUUCGAAAAGGAAAGACAUUAUUACUGCGUUUUUUACCUCACCUGAACGUGACAGAAUAUAGUAAGCAGUUGAGAGAAUUGUGGACUGCGAUAUUUAAGGGAUUAGCCGUGAUAGGACGUAGAGAUUGUCAUAUAUUGACAGACUUUUAUUCCGAAUUUCGAAGGUGGCUCGAUACGGUGAAAGAUUUUGAUACCAUACUGCGAUUAGCACGAGCAUUAUCCGACUCUGCUACUGUUCAUCCUGUUAAAAAUAAUAGCUUAACAUUUGCCCUCCUGAAUAAGUUUGGUGUGUCUGCAAUAGCAGCGAUGCUCGAGCAAGCUGAACAAUUGUGUGUCACGGAUGAUUCCCUGCCUUCUGAAUGGUCAACUUUUGUAGUGACAAUAGUUGAGCUAAUUGGUGACUCGUCUCCCUGCGUCGCACCUUGUCAACCAAUUACUGCAAAUACGCUCAAUGAACACCUGAAUCGGAUUUCUAGUUUAAAACUAGAAAGGUAUACAGCUCUAGCGUGCUUGUUGACUGAUGCCAAUCCGUUACGAUAGUCUAACGUUACACAAGUUACUUGAGUUUUUUAAGGUUCGUCUUUUUUUAACAUACAAAAAAUAAAUUUGCUAAAAAAAGGAAUGAUACAUACAGACAAAUAUUUUAAUAUAAUUACUAACGUUAUUGAAACAUCCAUUGUGUAUAAUAAUAUUUCUAAAUAGAUGCCAUGAUUUUACAAAGUAGAUUAAGUAUCUGAUGCGGAAUAUUAAAGAAAGAAAAUUUAUAUAUGUAUAUAUAUAGGUAGAAAUAUUGUGAACAUUCUGAUGCACAAUGAGGUUUCUUACUCGUAUACAUAUAUAAUAUCACCUUUCAUUGUAUAUUUUAUAAACAUUAAUCAGUUUGAGCGCAUAAUUGAUAGCAUGACAAAGUCACUACAUUAUCAGGAAACGUAAACAUCAGAUAAAGUAACAGAGUUACACGCCAAGAAACUUUUAUAGCUUUUUUUUUUAAAUUGCAGUGCAUUUUAAUUUCUACUCUGUGUAUGAUUGGUAUCUAAUGUUCAACGUAAGACAUUUGAAGUUACAGUGCACCUCAUUUACAAUGAUUAAAAGAAUUGAGCCAUGUCUGUCUUUACAGAAUAUAUCGUAUACAUUGAAGUAAAUGAUAAUUUCAAAUGCCUUACUUCAUAUUAAACUGCACAUCCUAUCUUCCUAUUCGCUAUAUUCGUGCUUCUUUUAAUUAGAGUAUUACAUUUUAAUGUAUUUAAAAAUAUAAGUUCUACUAUUGGUAUUUAUAAUAUAUACCAUUGUAUUGAUUAAUACACAUUUGAAUUAUUUUGGAUACUUACAAUUAGUAUCACCAUUUUUAUGAACCUAUAUAAGAAUGCAGUGAUGAUAUUUUACAUGUAUUAAGGAAACUUUCUUUAUCCCUUCAUAAACUACUUUUUUUUCCUUUAAUAUAUUUUAUUGUUAGUAUACAACGCAUUAGCGUUUACAUUAGCAGUUUUUUUUAAUUUAUGCUGCUAAAUGUAUCUUUUAAAGUUUAGUUUUGUACAUAUUUUGCAAUUACGUAUGUAUAUGAAUAUGUGUAUAUGAUAUUCACGGAAAAUAAGACGGGAUGUGUACGUUUUUCCCCUUUCGUUUAUUUGAAAAUCAGAUUUCUACGUUAUUAUACAUUACGCAUUGUUGUAAAUGAAAUCAAUAGCGCUAGAAAAAGAAAAAAAUUCGCUAUCAGUGUACAGAUGACUUAUAUUUUGGAAAUGACAACAGAUAAUCAUUUACACCGCAACUGUUAAGAUAUAAUUACGGAGAUGCGAACAAUUGCGUAUACAACAAUAGCAUGAGUUAGUUAUCAGCAGCAAAACUGUAGUAGUCUUUUUAUAAAGUUUGUAUUAUAUAUUAAGUACCAAAAUUACACUUUUAUUAGUUGGAACAUCAGAAGCAUGUGACAACAUGAUGUUUAAUAUAGUUACAAACGAUUACAGAUUCAUCAAUUUAGGAAGUGUGGUCUCUCUUUCUUUUCUUAUUUUCUAAUAUAAAAUAGUUGUUGUAGAACAGACACAAUCUUGUGAUCGUGUAAUAAAAGGAAGAGAGAAGGGAAGGCGACUCUGUAAUUGCAAUGUGUGUUUGCAGUACCGUAAGAAUUUUAAAGAUAAUCUAAAGCGUAUGAGAUGACAUGGCCUUUAGAGUACUAAAUAAGACGAUUACUUUUUAUCGCAGUUUAAACUACAACCUUGUUUAUGUACUUCUAGCUUGUAUAUAGAAUGAUAUUGCGUGAAUGAUGGAUGCAUUUUGUAAUCAAAUGCAGAAAUAUUUCGGUUUCUGCCAUGUCACAUGACGUAAUAACACUAUUUUGAAAAAACGAUUUUUCAAGUUAGAGUUUCUUGUUGCUAGUUUGUAAUCUUAACAAGCGUAAUAAUGAUUAUCGACUCGAGCGGUAUUUUUGGAUUGCAUUACAUUUUCUAAAGGGGAGGUUAUUAGAAAUCAUGAAAGCGUUGCACACAAUUUUUAUUUUGCAAACACUCAAUCCAAAUGUAGUUCCAAACAUUUUGUCGUUUUUUUUUCUUUUUUUUUAACGCAAAUCGUUUCACUACUUAGACCACUAAAAGUUAAACGUUAAGAUAUUGCAGCAUUUCAAUUGAUUAUAUUUAUAUAAGUUACAUUGUCAUAUAUAAACACAUGUUAUUUCAGUGCGAUUAGCUUGUAUGCUUUAAAGAAUACAUAAUGAACAGUGUUAUAUAUGAUUUUAUUAUUUCUACUAUUAAAUAUCAUUAUAAUUACAGCUUUGGUGAUUAUUAAUUAGAUGAGUCAAUUGAACAAAAGGCGAACCAAAUGAGUACUCAUUUAUUAAUGCUUACGAACGAUUUAGUAAUGUACAGCUUAAAAGUUUUGCUAAUUAGCGUUCUCAUUAUUAUGUAACAAGCUGUCAAAGAGAAAUUAAGUCUACGUUUUUACAUAAGCAGUACUGAGAAUCUAAGGGAUACAUAAUUGAUCCUGUUGAUCUGUAGACAAGGAUGCAUAUUUGAGAAGCCCAAGAGUUACAUUACAUUCUUCUUACUACGUAACUGUGGGCUCACACUUUUUUAGAGUAAAGCUUAAUUGUAGGCGCAGCGUAUUUAUGAAUUGUUUCAAGCACUAAAAAGUUUUAAAUGAUUUUAUGAUUAAGGGAAAAAAUAUGCGUUUUAGAGUAGUCUUUAUUUUGAAUGCUUAAACUCUGCCCUAUCGAUUUAUAUGUUAAGGGGUAGAUCAGGCGACUAUUAAUGAGUAUAUUAUUUUCUCUUAAGGGCUACUAAAAUAUGUAUGUAUAUAUUUGUAACAAAAAUAUUUGUAAAAUAUAUUUUACAAAUAUAUCGUAUAUUUUACAAAUAUAUACGUACAUUGGUAAAGUAAUAUGUUCUUGCUCGUUCAGAUUAUGUAACAAUAGAAUUUAAUUAGUUCCUUUUUUUCUUUUUUCUUUUUACCACUGUCACUCAUGAUCGUCGCAAUAAUUCAUGUAUAGCAUUUGCAGUUUUUCCAUUUAUUUUCCAACAUUAAUUGUUACGAGAACAAUGUUUCGAUGGUAUAUUGCUGUUGCUAAUGCACUAAUUGUACCAAAAAAUUCAUAGCACAGCAGAACGAUAUAAAUUAAAAUCUAUUCAAUUUGUACAGCGACAAAGGGAUUUUAUGGUCAACGAGUAUAUCUGUAUACUUUAAUAUUAACCAAGUAUAUAUCUGUUCCAAUACAGAUGUGAUUCACACCACAUUAUUGUAUAAUGAGUGAUGUCUCAUAUUCUGUUUGUCAUCGUCAUGCAGAUUGAAGCUUUUGCUAAUGAAAAAAAAGAGCAUGCAACAUGUCUUCUUGUAAAGUAGAUAAAGCGAUUAGAGCGAAAAUUGUGCGUUUGCUUUUUGUGAUUAAAGAUAUAUUUUUAUAAAAACGCUAUGUUUAUUAUGUUUAGAAACGAAACAGAUGUAAUGGAGUGCUAUAAAAAAAGAAACGAGAUCGUUAAAUUAACUUAAGAAUUCUUCAUAGUUUAUCGUCAUUACGUCUAUUAUGUACUCGUCGGUGAUAUGCCUGUAUAUUAAAAGAAAAUUGAUUGUAAAUUUAUAACACAGUCUGAGAAUAUAAUUGUAGCUAUUGUGUAUGUACAGAAUUGAUCUAAUUUGAAAUCAAAGUCUUAAAUAAAUGUUUUGCAUCCUA